AUGUCAAGUGCAUUGACCUGGAUGAACCUCUGCCAGGGUGGAGGUGGUCAAUGUGAUUGCAAGCACUUUAGACCUAAGGCAGAUGACCCUGCUCAUUGCUGGGAAUGUUCACAUGGGUUCAACAUCAAUACCCCAGCUGUCAAUGCCCCAGCCAUCACCCAAUUGCAGCCUGCUAUGACCAUUUCUAACAAAUGCAAGCCUUCUCAACAGCAAACCAGUGGUCAGAUGUUCCAUACUCUUACUUUGCAAAUCGAAAUACAGGCAAAUGGCCAGUUAAUGAAGGACCUGAUCUUGCCACAGAUGACUUCAGAGAAGAGACUGUUCAUCCAACACUUGGAAAACCAUGGAUGCCAUCUCCAACAAACAACUGAAGUUAACUCUUCUUGGUCACAUGAAGAUGUUACAGCCCAGCUGCAUUCAUGGUUCCCAAAUGUUUUUCAAUAUUUUGACUCUCAUCGCGAGAAAGCCAAUAUGAAUAUGACGUCCCAAACCCAACCUGACUGGCAGCUUCUUGUUCCCGCUAAUGGCAGACUCGAACUCUCUACAGCUGUUCGACUGAAUGGUAUUGUUCUCUCCCAUUUCAAGGGAUGUCAGAAGUCUGGAAUUGCUGAUAGUAACCUGUGGUUUGUCACUCGAAAUCCUGUCCCCAAUCAUAUUUUCGACAAGUGGAAGGUUGGAUUGGAUGUAGUGGGAACUGAUGAAGAGGCUACGAGUGAGAGUGACAAUGAGGUGGUUGAGCUAUUGAGUUCCAUUGCUGACCUCGAAAUCACUAUGGCAACUGGGACUGGUAAGAGGUCGUGGGUCAUGUUCUAUUAA